GUUGAAAUGAAGUAGCACAAGAUUAAUCACUGUGGUUGGUCUGGAUGUCUGAACUGCCUUCGGUCAACAGGUGUCCCUCACAGGUGAGCGAAUCCCCCAUUUUUCUGAGUGGCUGAUGGCCAAAGGUUGAGCUUCACUGUCGCGUCUAGUCGCCACCCCGCCCCUUUACAGGACAGGUCCUGUAAGGUAACUUAAAUGUUUCUUGUAGGGGCAGUGCAUGUCAGCACAGUGAGAGCACGACUCUCAGCACAGGGGGGGAAACUCUGCAGCAGUCCUCAUUAAAAUUCCCUGUCCGUACACUCACCACGAAAACCUCCUUUAGUGGGUGGCACCGGCGUCUUACGCGCCUCUUUAACUGCGCACCACGCAUUAACGAGCGAUCACGGUUCACAGUUUCAUCACCAGUGUCCGUGGAUCACGGUGCCUUGAGACGGAGAGUUUGACUCAUGCUACGCUAUUUACGGCGUCAAGGCUGAGAGGGGGAUAGGUGGGCGCAGAGUCCCAGAGGUCCGGCAAAGGGUGGCGCCCUACGCAUCCUAUCCAGCGGCUGGACACGCUGUGCCGCGACCCACAGCGACACGGUACGCUCCUGCCGUCCACUUGCUCCUUGUUGCAGCGCAUGAUUGUGACAUUUCUCUGUGGGGACUGGCAACAUGUGCGCCCGGAUGGUGUGAAGUGUGACACAGCGGCUUUGAGGAUUCAUUUCUUUCGGAUACGCCAAGUACCCGACGUUACGGCGCACCUUGUGUAUAGAGAACCAUGAGCACUGUGGAGGAGGACCCGGAUCACAUGAUACCAUGAAGACAAGCCUGCAGGUCCUGCGCUGCCCACUGCUGAGUGUUCUAGCGUUCCUAGCACUGUCAGUCGGACUGGUGUCAUCAGCACAGGAGCUGCACCUCAGCCAGACAUCCCAGGAUCCUGUCUCCAUGGCAGUCGUCCACAGCAGUCCCCUGUACGCCCCCAAACCUCCCACCCUGGUCUGGCAUCAGGAAGGCUCAAGUAGCGGGGAGUGGUCAUCCAAAGGAGGCACUCAACCCACAAAAAUCAUCCUCCCUAGUGUCGUCCUCCACCCUUUGGCCUUGCAUCACACAGCCGAAACUUUAAGCCUGGCUCAUGACAACCCUCCUCUCCAUGACACAAAUGCUGUCACCCCAAACACUGUGAGUACUGACAGUCAUGUGAAUCAGCCCCCAGAGUCGAGCUCUGAUAUUGUAAACCAAGGCCACAUGCACAAAUUGGUCAGGGUACCUCAAGACCAUAACCCAGUUACUGCCAGCACUAACCAGGCCAGCAGCAGCUCUAACUCUCCCAGCACAGUGUUCCCAAAUAUAGAUGUGCAACCUACUGCCAGGGGUGCUCCAAACCCCCUGGCUCUUAUGUCCAGCUCUGGAACAGACAGAGUAGAUGCACUCGCUGUACACCACAUAGAGCCUCAGAAGUUGAGUGUGGAGGAACCCACCGAACCCAGCUGGCAGUAUGUUCCAGAUCUUGAGCGCUCCUCCCUGAUCGACCAUUCCUCUUCAUCAAGGGGGGCUGACCCUGCAGGCCUGAAACUCAGGGAGCAUGCUCGGGGUGCUGCACGCCAUGCCAUCACCCUGAGGGAGGUGCAUGCAGUGAAUGAGUCUCCCACAGCUAAAGCGAUGGUAGAACCGAAGGUCGGGUCUGUACCUCCAGUCGAACACCCACAAGAGAAUCUAACUUCCAUCACGUCCCCUUCAGUUGUGCCCCCUGAGUUCAGCCUCAAGACACAGAAUACAACAAUCGUCCCCGACAAUUACACUGCACCCAGCGAGACCACCGCUGAGGAGGGCCAUGGUCAGGUUGUCCAAGAUAACAGCACAGACGAUGCCCCUCUGGGACACUGGUUGGGGAAUGUAACUGCAUAUGGAGGGCUGCUCUCUGACAGCAGCUCAGUCAAAGAGUCGCCUGUCCAGGGCAACAACUCUGAGCCCCUUUCCACAGCCAGCAGUAACUUCCUGAACAGGCAGGUGCCUGCCACUACCCAGGACCCCUGGACGCCUGGCAACAGCUCGGGCCCCACUGUGGACUCCCCACCAUCACGCAUGACCAUCUGCUUGAGCAGGAUGGACAUUGUCUGGAUCGUGCUGGCCAUCAGCGUGCCUGUGUCCUCAUGUUCUGUGCUUUUGACGGUGUGCUGUAUGAGGAGAAAGAAGAAGGCGGCAAGUCAGGAGAACAACCUCAGCUACUGGAACAACGCCAUCACCAUGGACUACUUCAGCAGGCACGCUGUGGAGCUUCCCAGAGAGAUACACUCCCUGGAGAGUGAGGAGCAUGACACCUGUCUACCCCCUAAUGGAGACUACAGCGGCAGCAGCGUGGUCCUGGUUAACCCUUUCUGCCAGGAGACCCUCUUCAUCAACAGAGACAAAGCUUCUGCCAUCUAGAGACAGAAAAAGAGACACAGUUGGAUCGUCCUCUUCUACUCCCCCUGCUGUUGUUGUCUAUUUUAUAUAUGUCUUAAAUAUUCAGAGACUUUGACUUUAUACUGUAUAUGAUCAACACAAAGAGCAACCAGAGAGAAGUGAUGUAAACAGACACUAUUUACUAUGAGAAUGCACCUGCAUAUUUUUCUGAUGUACAUUUUCUACAAAAGGCUUAAUUGUGAUAAAGGGUUUUUAUUGUCUUUAUAAAAUACAGAAUAUAUGUGGUUUUGUUUCACUACAGUAGCUUGUGGAUGGAUGCUGCCACAUGGAAUCCGCUUUAGAGAGAGAAAUGUGCUAUGAAAACAUUAAAGCUGUAAUUUUAUUUUACCUUUAAAAUCAAUCCCAAAAUACUUAUAGCCUGUUGAACUUGAAUAUAGCACCUACAAUCUUGGGGCAUGGGGGCGGGAGGGCAGAGAUUUACUGCUUGUGAGAUCAGGGUCCGUAUUUAUCAACUGAGCAAACUUAGGAGUUAAAAAGUUGUUAGGACAGCCAGCUCACAGCAUGUCCAGACUCAUGUCUAGUGAAAAAGCUCUAAAAAUCCACUGUACACUAGCUGCUCAGCACCAAACGGUAGGGAGACACUAGAGAGAUUAGCUGGUGAGAAUGGUGGGACAUUUCGCGGCUAAAGAACCAGAUGUCCUUUAAAAGUUAAAGUUUAAGUGGUAGAGACCAAAAGUGGAGCUAAAAGAGAGUGAAUAUUGGACUUGCAUUCGCAUCAGGCGACCAGGAACAGGACUCCAAAUGAGUGACACUGUUGCUUUAUAUCAGCUAGAUGGGUAAAUCAGCUGCUUAAAAGCUUAAGAUGUCAGUGUUUGUUCACAACUUGUUUCUGCUCGAGUUGUCAAGAAAUCAUUUAGGCCUAUUGUGGGUUUGUAGCAGUUUUAAAAUGGUGAGAAACCUUUGUCAGAUAUAGACUGGAUAAUAGGAAAUCAGAAAUCCGCCGAUGCCUCUGGAGUGCUCAUAAAGUUAAGGGCAUUGUUAAGAAAUGUGAGAAUUAGAAGGAUUUUUUUCUUCUUCUUGAUUAAAACAUCUGACUUAGCAGUUUGAUACAUACGGGCCAAGAUUUUAAAGGUUGUGUUGAGCAGAAUAUUUGAGUGAUUUUGAUUCUAUAUCCUGCAGUUUUGACUUGAAAUGGCUUUCCCCCUCAUGUGUCACCAGCUUCUCUGAAGAGGGACCACAUAGAUGUCUUAAUUCCUUAUGUUGGCCCUUUAUAUAUGAGUAUGCUCAUGUGUUAAUGCCCUGUUUGUCCAUGUAAGCACACUGGGAGUGUGCAGUCAAAUGUGGAUGGAUGAGUUCAAAUGUGUUGCCCCUCCUUAACCAAAUAUCACUGUUACUUUAAGUCAAACAAGACUUUGUAUCACUCUCAGCUCUGUUUUAUCUGUUUUUCUGUCUGUGUCUGUUUGUGCCUCUGUAUGUGUCUGUCUGUCUGUCUGUCUGUCUCUUGUCUAUAUUGUGGAGUGGCUACUGGUUGUAUUCCAGUUUGAGAAAAAUUCUUAAUGCCAUAGGAAACAGUUAGACCAGCUUUGUUACUGUAAAUGUCUCCCUCCACAAAUGCUGUGUUUGUCCAUCAAUGCAAAGUGUUUUGCUGAAAUUUGUUGAAUGAUUGUGAAUUAGUUGCUGAACCCCAUAAUAUAUGUUAGAGACUGUCAAAAGUGCUGACCAGUAAAAAUACUGAGAUAAAUAAUGUAUGCUGAAUAUUUACUGUGAGCACAUACAGAGGCAAUUUAAUUAAAAAGUGUGUGUGAAUAUUAUGUUUAAUUAUUGAUUCUGUGGUCCUUCUAUCACCCGUUUCACUUUGCAUUGCUGCAGUUUUCUCCAAUAAUCAAUGCUGCCUGCCUCUGUCAUAGCUAAAGAUUUACUGCAUUGUGAGAUGUUGUUCUGUAAUCACCAGAUUCAAAUGGUGAUGAUGUUGAAUAACACGGAUAAACAUAUUGAUAUUUCAUGCAUUGGAUGCUCACAGCUGGGCUUCUCGUUUUGCACGCUCAAAAGUGGAUAUUUUACAAAAUGUUCAGUGGCACGGUGGAGCAGUGUUCAACAUUAUGUAUUUUUUGUACUGUAGUAUACACUGUACUUUUUACUGCUGAGCAAUAAAACAAAGAAAAAACACUGAAA